UCCACAAGCGCAGCUGGUUAGGCCGUGGACCGAGCGGAUAGUUUUUGUCCUCAGCAGGGAACUUCACAGGCGCGCCUUUUCGUUCUGGACUGUCUCUCUUGACUCUGCCGCCAUGAGUAUGUUGACAUCGGAGAACGCUUUUCUUUCUACUUUACAGCCACACACCUUAUCUACCACUUAUGCUCUCCCGUCGGACAACCAACUCGGGAAUGGGAGCGCCAUGUCGGACGACGCUGUGCGAGCGCGGCGGGUCCAGGAGCAGAUAAAGAUGAAACUGGCCGAAAAGGGCACACUUCCGCGUCAGAAUGGAAAAGCCUCCCAAUACGCAAUGUCAGACUACGGCGGUUCAUCAACAAUGAAAUACAGCAACUACAGCCCAAGUUACAGUCCUAAGUCUUCGUACAUGUACUCAGGCUCAAAAACCCUGGGUCCUCGUGUGUCCACCAGGGCAGAAUUCAGCAGCCGAUCCGCAGCCCCAGACAUGAUCCAGUUUCAACGGAUGAGUGUGGGUGGAGGUGGAGGUGGAGGUUUUUACCGGGAAGAAAUGCACAGUGGUGGUUUCCAAGGUUCCAUCAGACAGAACCAAAUGGAUCGAGAUGACAUAUCUGUACAUUCACUGCGAAACAUGCAGACAGUGAAUCCGUGGCUGAUAGACAACAGCGAUGCUGGAAGCCUGAUCUCCGAGCGAGAUGGCCCCUUUGACCAGCAGUAUUCCCAGAGUGCAAUGAACGGCUACGGCACCCAAAUAAGACAAGGAGGAGGCACCAUUACUUAUCAGACUGGGUUUCAGACCCAGGAGCCAGUACUAACCACCUCGCGUCGAAGUAUAAGUGGCACUCUAUCCCGUGGGGGCGGUCAGGGAGGAGGAGGGACAGAGAUUAUCCAACAGCAGUCCUUUAAAGGCCCAGCCCACCGCACUAUCAACAGGAUUGCAAACCGUAACCGGAUGAGUGUGAGCUCCACGUCUGGGUCCCGGAUGACCUCAAGUUCCGGCAACAUUGGAGCAGGAGGAGACAGAAUGGAUGGUGGGUUUUUAAUGUCCACGAGAUCUGGUUCCCAAGGGAACAUCUUUCAGCAGCGCCAAGGUGGCAUGAUGCGAUCCACGUCUAUGAGAAGUGUUCAAAGCGUGGGCGGGGGCAUGGAUAUCUAUGGCCAGGCAGAUUUGGAAGACAUGCCCCACCUGCAAGGGAUCAACAGCUUGGAUACACCCACUGCAGUUUCAUACCUGGUAGAGGACGACACGGCGUUGCAGGUCUUGGGUUCAGCAUACAUUCAGCAUAUUUGCUACAAUGAGAAGACAGCAAAAGACGAGGUGAGAGAUUUGGGUGCCACUAAGGUUCUGGUGAAGCUGUUCAACAGUGAUGAUCCUGAAGUUCGCCGUUAUUCCACUGGCGCCAUACGCAAUAUGAUCUAUCAACAUGUUGCAAAUAAGCAGGACCUUAUUGAUAACAAUGGCAUCAAGGCGCUUGAUGAGGCGCUUGAAAUGGAAGACGAUGAGCUUCGCAAAAACAUCACAGGUAUUCUGUGGAAUCUUUCAGCCAAAGAUCUGCUUAAGGAGAAGCUGAAGACAAUACUUCCUCGCCUCACAGAGAAAGUCCUUAUCCCUCUCAGUACAAGUGAGAGUACAAAAGCAGAAAUGAUUAAAGAAGACAAAGGUAUCCCCUCAAAUUCUCCCUCGGAGACAGAAAUAUUGCACAACACGUUGGGAUGCUUGAGAAAUAUGAGCUCUGGCUCAGAAAAGGUCCGUAAAGAGGUGCGAGAAACAAAAGGGCUGGUGGAGUCUUUAGUGAAUUUUCUUCGUAGCACCCUUGACACUGGAAAAGUACAAGAAAAGGGUGCUGAGAACGCAGCGUGCAUCUUAAGGAACCUCUCCUACCAACUGUAUGACGAAAUGCCACCUUCUAUGAAAUCAAAUUUGUCUUUUGAAGGUACAAAUACCUCAUCGAACACCGUCGGCUGCUUUUCACCGAAUAGCCGCAAAAUCAAACAGAAAACGUCCGCCCAGAGAUCCUUUUCACCUACUGAGGUAUCAAAAAUGCCAAAAGGCAUGGAGUGGCUGUGGCACCCUAAAAUAGUGCAUUUGUACAACAGCGUGAUAAAAUCAUGCGAAAUUAAUGCCACCACACGUGAGGCGGCCAUUGGAGCUCUGCAGAAUAUCACCGCUGGACAGGAGCCGUGGGCUGAAAAGAUGUCCCGCUAUAUGGUGAACGACUACAAGAUGCUGCCAAACCUGAUGGAUCUCUUGCGCUCAGAAAGGAGCUCUGAGCUACGUUCUCUCAGUGGCUUGUUGAGGAGCCUGUCUUCCCAUGCUGACACUGUACAAGCAAUAGAUGUCGUGGUGAGGAAGUUACCAGAGGAUGUUGACAAAGACAUUCCUAGUAGUGAGGUGCUGGUCAACCUCUGUGGUGUUCUCAAUAAUAUGGUGGCGCGCAAUUUCGACGCUGCCAAGAGAAUCACUGAAAAUUCUGGCUUGGCCAGACUGAUGAACAUGAAGAGAAUGGCGGAGAACGAAUCAGCCAUGGCUGAUGUGAGCAGAAGUGCAUCCAUAGUACUUCGCAACAUUUAUAAUUACAGAAAACUGCACAAGACUUUGAGACAGAAAGGUUAUAAGAAAGAGGACUUGUGUUCUGAAUUCUGAGAUGCAGGACCUGACCCCUGGGAAAAACUGCUGUGUAUCUUUACAAAACAGUCCAUCAGAACAGCACGAGAACCGCGGAUGCAGCAGGAUUAUGAUUGAACAGAUAUUGCCUGUACUCUAAUUUGUGUGAACACUGUUUGUAUAGACUCUAGGGGAUUUUAUUCCAGUCAUAGCAAUAUGCAUUUAAACACAAUGGCUUAAAAGCAAAAACCACUGUUGAUGGGAGAACCUCUCACUAUAACAAGUUAGCUUUGUAAAUAGUGCUUUUAAUUUUAAAAAGAUAUUAAGAUUGAAUAUUUCUUUUGUUUAUACAAGUCAGCAUCUAAUCUUGUUUUAUUUGAAUGGAAAUUAGAGACAAAAAAAUGGAUGUAAAUAUCUUUCAUCUUUGGGGAUCAUGCUUAUGGAUUUGCAUGCUUUCUAACACUAAAAAUGAAAAUCUAUAAAAAAUGUGUAAUCAGUUGGUGGAGUAGAAAAUUGUGCAAAGUUUAUGUAUAUUUUCAGUUGAGGUUUUUAAAUGAGAUGAAUGUUGCAUAUGAGCACCUUUGAGACUCGUUUCUUAAUAGACACAAAAACUUAAAUUUUGUAUAUAGAAUCUAUUUUGGGGGAAUAAACAUUAUGAUUUUUAAAGAUUAAUGUUCAGUGUAAUUGGUGUCAAAUAUGUGGGUUUUGUACUUUUGUGUGCUUUAUACCAUCACAUGUAUCAUCCAAUUUUAACUAAUAAAAAGACACUGGGAGAAAAAGUUAA